AUGAACGUGAUUUUAUCAACCACUCUUUGCUUUGGACUCCUAACUUUGUUAUCUGUAAUGAUCUUUUUAGAAUCGGUGCACGGACUGCCAUAUUUUAUUCAAGGAAAUGAAUUGCUUCCAGAUAAAGAAGAUACAGACGGUGAAGAACUGUUGCUGGCUCUACUGAAUGAAAAUUUUGGCUUCCAAAGAUCUUCCAACAUUGAUAUAGAACUGGCUAACAAAUUGGAGGAACCUAACCAGCUGGAAAUGCUGAAAGAGCAGCUCACAGAAGCAAAGGAUGCUGAGAUGUCCUAUGCAAUAGACGGUCUAUCUUCUUCCCAUCCUAAUAAGCGAGAAGUUCCAGAGGAACACAUUCUGAAUCUGAACUGUUAUCGACGUCAGUUUUACCGCACAUUUUGCUACUUUGUAAAAUGA